CUCUCUCGAAAUCCAAACUAUCUACCCUCGAUUUCGGUCGUAAGCUAACUAUUCGCUUCUGUUUCUACUGAUGUUAUACUCCUUUGAAGCUUUGUGUAGUUCAGAGAAUGGAUCUCUUCAGCAGUCUACCAGAUGAUCUCCUUUGUCAUAUAUUGUCCUUCCUAUCCACAAAGGAGGCUGCUUUGACAUCGGUUCUCUCCAAGAGGUGGCGCUAUCUCAUUGCUUUUGUCCCUUAUCUCGAGUUUGAUGACUCUGUCUUUCUUCAAUCAGGAGAGGGUAAGCGGGAAAAGGAAGGAAUUUUGCAGAGCUUCAUGGAUUUUGUGGAUAGGGUAUUGGCUUUGCAGGGUGAUUCUCCCAUAGUGAAAUUCUCACUCAAGUGUAAAACUGGUGUUGACUCAGAUCAUGUGGAUCGUUGGAUAUGUAAUGUGUUGGCUCGUGGUGUUUCGGACCUUGAUCUUUUCAUUGAUUUCAGAGAUUUAUAUUGUCUGCCUCACGAGGUUGGUGUCAGUAGGACACUUAUUGAGCUGAGAGUAGGAAGUGACUCUGAUCUUUAUUGGUGGCAGAAGGAUUUAUGCUUACCGAUGCUUAAAACUCUCGUUCUUGACUCCUGCGGGUUAUGUACUGGUCAGUUUCAAAUUCUUCUUCUUGCUUGCCCUGCGCUUGAGGAGUUAGACAUGACUAAUACACGGUGGAGGGAUUCCAAUGUGACUGUGUCUAGCCCCAUCCUCAAGGAGCUGACUAUUGAUCUCCAUGGUUGUCAUAGACUAGUAAAUCUGAAGAGUCUUUCAUUUGAUGCUCCAAGUCUUGUUUACUUUUAUUACUGUGAUUCUCUUGCGGAGGACUAUCCACAAGUUAACUUGAAAAACUUAGUCGAGGCUCAAAUCCACCUUUUACUAACUCAAGGUCAAAUCGAGCAAGCAAGAGCACUAAAUAAUGAAAUGUUGGUGGAUGAUGUUUUCCCUGGUCUUGGCAAUGCGUGGAAGCUCAUUACUGGCCUAAAAAAUGUUCAACAACUUUACUUGUCCCCUGAUACUCUUGAGGUGCUUUCUAGGUGCUGUGAAGCGAUGCCGGUGUUCAACAACCUCAAAUUGUUAAGUAUUUGGAGUGACAUGAAUAGGGGAUGGCAAGCAAUGCCAGUUCUUCUAAGGAACUGUCCACAUUUAGAAACUCUAAUCAUUGAGGGACUAUUACACUAUGUGACUGAUAAAUGCGGGGAUGUUUGUGACUGCAUUUCUCGGGGUCACAAAGUCCAUCCGCUCACAUCUUGUCCAGUGAAGAAGUUACAGAUUUAUGAGUUUCGCGGAACAAUUAGAGAGUUAGAGAUGAUCAAGCAUUUCUUGGAGGUUUUUCCGUGUUUGAAGGAGAUGGAGAUAUAUGCUCACGAGAAUUUUCCUACACUAUUUAAAGACCCUAAAAUGGUUGAACGUGUCGGGAAGAUGAUGAACUUCUACAAUAAGUUAUCGAGUUGCAGUGUUCAAUUACUAGUGCGCGGUCCCUUGUAAGGAAAGUGGACUGCACUGAAGAAUUUGUGGGAAUAAACACAGCUCAUAGUUUUGGUCAAAGUCUACUUAGUCUCAUUGGUAUUCUGUUACGUUUUUGCUAUUUUUCAAAAUGUUACAUUGUCACGAGGCUUAACUUC